UUCUCGAGUGUUGGUAUCGAUAUACAGGAACAUUUAGAAGAAAAUUGAUUUCUUUAUCGUUGUGGAAACGACUUUGUGGUUUCGGUGUAAAAUCUUCGGAGCCAUCAACUUUAUCGUCAAACACGGAUUGUUGCCAUUCGCAUCUGCUAGCAAGCCACUGGAAACUGUACAAAAGGCAUUUUACAGGAUCUACGCGUUAACAUAGAAAAUGCACCGGUCUUUAUUACUGAUCGUAUUGUUCAUCACCAUCAGCGCAUUCGUGACUACUUCAGAGUCUACAUUCUACUACACCAAAACUCCACCAAACCCUUCAUAUGCUGUCCUGGGGCAAGAGCUUCGACUGCACUGGGAGUACUACUGCAGCGACCCGAGGUGUCCAGAGCUCUAUGCUGUCGUGUUCGGAGUUCCAGGAAGAUAUUUUGUCUUCAGAGAUAUACCCAGUGGCAGGAUAAACAUAUUUCCAUUCAGUGGUCAAAAUGAAACUAUAGACAAUCAGUACAAAGGCAGGGUCACACUACUGGAGAACAAUACAAUGGUGAUAUCGUCCUUUAAGCCUGCUGAUGCAGUGACAUACACUAGCAAGCUGUUGACACAUGAUGGAAAAAACAUUCAAGAAAGUUUGGUGGCCGUCAAGGUAGCUGUUGCACCAAAGCUGAACAAAUCCCCUCCAGACAAAAUUAUUAAAUUAAAAGAAGGUGAAUCCAUCCGUUUGGAUUGCACUGCAUCAGGAACACCUGCUCCAAAAGUGACUUGGAGAAAGAAUGGACUCAUCCUUAGUAACCAGAGUAAC